CACGAAGACACAGACAGGGCACAAGACAGUGACACUGUUGUCUUCAUAGAAUUACAUCAUGUCAAAAUACAAACUGAUUUAUUUUAAUAUAAGGGGGAGAGCAGAAAUUAUUCGUUAUAUAUUUGCUUAUUUGGACAUAAAGUAUGAAGAUCACAGAAUAGAACAAGUUGACUGGCCCAAAAUCAAACCAACUCUUCCAUUUGGCAAAAUCCCUGUUUUGAAGGUGGGAGGACUGACGCUUCAUCAGAGUCUUGCAAUAGCAAGAUACUUGAUCAAAAACACAGAUCUGGCUGGGAAGACAGAAUUGGAGCAAUGCCAAGCAGAUGCUGUCGUGGACACACUGGACGAUUUCAUGUCGCUUUUUCCUUGGGCAGAGAAAAAUCAGGAUGUAAAAGAACGGACCUUCAAGGACUUGCUCACAUGUCAUGCGCCUCCUCUUCUGAAAGAUUUGGACACAUACUUAGGGGACAGAGAGUGGUUUAUUGGUGAUUAUGUAACUUGGGCAGACUUCUACUGGGAUAUCUGCAGCACCACGCUGUUGGUCUUAAAGCCUGACUUGUUGGACAUCCACCCCAGGCUGGCAUCAUUGAGGAAGAAAGUCCAAGCUAUCCCUGCCAUUGCUGCCUGGGUACAAAAGAGGCCCCAGACCAAGUUCUGACACAGGCCCCAGCACCAGAUGAGAGCGACAACAGCCUGCCAGACGAUCCACACUUCUUA